AUGAAAAGGUUAUCCCUCCAUCAUCACAAUCACUCAAAUUCAAAAACAUUCCAUACAUAUUCACAAAUGACAAUGGCUUGCCACAAAUAUUUCUUGAUCACCCUUGUUUCCAUUCUAGGCCUAAUAAGUACUGCACGUGCCCAAAAUGCGGCGCAGGACUAUGUGAACGCCCACAAUAGCCCCCGGACCCAAGUGGGCGUGGGGGCGGUGGCAUGGAAUGCCACACUGGCCACCUACGCCCUAAACUACGCCAACUCUAGGGUUGGGGAUUGCGCGCUGACACACUCCUACGGCCCGUAUGGGGAAAACCUAGCCAAGGGCAGCAGCAGCACCUUCACGGGCGUCUCUGCGGUGAACCUGUGGGCCGCGGAGAAGCAAUAUUAUGACCACACAAACAACUGCUGCAUCGGCACGAACCAGUGCCUGCACUACACGCAGGUGGUGUGGCACGACUCCACCCAGAUAGGGUGCGCCCGAGUCCGGUGCAACAAUGGCUGGUACUACGUCAUCUGCAGCUACCAUCAACCAGGCAACUGGGAAGGGGAGAUGCCUUAUUAAUAAGGAGUACUAUAAUAUAAUUAAGCUAAUUUAUAGACAGACGAAAGCAGUGGAAAUAGUAUAAGGUUUCUGCUCUAUAAUAAAUUGAGGCACUCUUUUAUAGCCAUGAAGAAAAACUAAUGUAUUACUCCACACACUAUAUAAUUAUAAAGUGUAAGGGCUAGCUAAUUGCAGCUCAACUGUUUCAGGUUAUGUGUAAUUGUUGAUCAACUUUUUCUUGCAA